GCCGCUUGAAAGUCAUCGACUUUUUGUGAUUCAGAUUGAAUCUUUUUUUUUUUUUUUUGAAUUCCAGAAUUUCCCCUGAAAAUUGUGGGUUUAAUCGAUUUUGUCCGAUUUGGAUUAACAUAAUCUCGAUGCAAUUGUUCAUGUUGAGCAGUGUGAGGCGUUGUUCUUCAGAGUAGCAAGUUUGUGAGAAGUUUCCUGUUUUGGAAAGGCUUGAUUUGUCUUCUUCUUUCGAAAGUCGUUGAGUAGUGUGACGCCUCCAAGCGUUUAGCAAUCGGUGAAAGUUUCCUGUUUUGGAAGGUUUUGCUUGUGGCAUCUAUGUUUGGGGGUGUCUUGUCUGUGCCUGUGAAUAAUCCCCACUUGCGCAAAUCUGGAAGUAGAGUCAUCAUCGCUAAUCUUGGAGAAAAUGACCUGAAGAGCGGCGCAAGUAUGCUGCUAGGCACCUUUGCGAAACUGCGAAGUCCUGUAUUCCUUAGAAGUCUCAAGGUUGCUCUGUAUAUUGCCGGUCUUUAUGUUUGUGGAAAGAUUGGAUGGGAAUCUGUAAUGAAAAUGGGAAUAGACACACGAGAACUGUUCUUCUAUGAGACAUUUCUGUAUUAUAACCCUCUCCUUCUUAUUACAGUGAUGGUUUGGCUCUGGGGUGUUAAUUUGUGGGUUUUUUCUCGGUCUGGAGUCGAUUAUGCAGCAAUCUUUUAUCUAGGACCAGAUCAUCUUAGUCACAAAGAGAUAUGGAAGUGUGCCAGGUGGAUGACGACCAUUAUAUUGACUAGCAUGACUGCAUAUCUGUAUCUAUACUCGCACGGAGAUGUAUCGUUGGCUGCAUUUCAACCAGUUGUUUUGUAUUUCUCUGCUGUGAUAAUUCUGAUCAUCCCUUUCAAUAUCUUCUACAUGCCGUCUCGCUACUACUUGCUAUGGACUUUUUGGCGCAUUCUCUUCCCUGUGCAGACUGUUACUUUUUCAGACUUCUUUCUAGCUGAUAUCCUGACUUCUAUGUCAAAGGUGUUGUCUGAUUUGGAGCGAUCAGUAUGUCGUAUGGUACACAGACAGGUAGCUACUAUUGCAUGGUUUGAAGCCGAUUCGGUUUGUGGGAGUCAUUCAGCUGCAAUUCCCUUGGUUCUUGUUCUUCCUUAUCUUUUCCGUCUCUUCCAGUGCAUUCGUCAGUACAAAGACAGCAAGGACAUUGCAAACAUCUGGAAUGCCGGGAAAUAUUUAACGGCAGUGCCUGUCAUCUUUCUAUCAGCACUCAAGUAUUUUAUCGAUGCUGAUACAUGGACUUACUCCAUUCAGCCUGCGUGGAUCCUCUUUGGUCUAGCUAACACUUUCUUCUCCUUCUUUUGGGAUGUAUUACGCGAUUGGGAUCUAAGUGUCUUCACUCGGAUUUUCAAGUUCACAAGACCAAAUCUUUGCUCCCAUCUUCUCUACGGACGCCGUUGGGUGUAUGUUUGGGUAAUUGGAAGUAAUCUGGUGCUAAGGUGGACAUGGACGUAUAAGCUAUCAGCUCAUCUCCGGCACAACUACAUCACAGUCUUCAUCAUCACUCUUUUGGAGAUUUACAGGCGUUUCCAAUGGGCGUUUUUCCGUAUAGAGAACGUGUGGCACAAAAUCAACAAUCCCAAGCGUACUUCUCAUCAAUCUAAUCCUAUUUCACUCCCAAACGAUAACAGCAGCGACCAGGAGAAAUUACUCGCUCAGAGUCACAGCCUCGGUGUAUAAAAAUCCCACAGCUUUCUUGUUUUUGUGCUGAGUUUUUUGAAAACAAGUUUUGAACAACAAGCACAUACAAACUACUCUUUUAACUUAUACAAUGACUUGUAACUUCCAUUUACACAGUGAGAGAGAGACUACAUUGGCUCUAAUGUACAGGAAGAUGUGUAACUUUCAUAUACUAUUUCUUUUGCAAAUAA